AUGAAGGCAAUCGCUUUUCUCGUUGCAAUAUGUUUCACGAUCUCGAUUACAAGACGUGUGAUGGCAUACCCAGAAACUCGAAUUGAUGAUGACAUUCAAUAUGCGCAGUACCAAAACAUUAACAAGGCCCUCCAGAAUAGCGAUUCAUUUUCAUGGAUGUUCAAUCGAACGUACCUACCAAAGCCGGGGGAUCCAGAAUACGCGUGCGUCUAUGCCAAUGUUACAAAGUUGAAUGGUACCGGAAAUUAUGUAUUCAUGCAGGGAUGGACAACAGAAAAUAAUUUAACAGUUGAAAUUCCGCUGUUUGUCAAAACAAACAGAACGCCAGGAGUUGGCUACAUACGAACGGAGGACAAUGCUAUGCAUGUAACAUUGAAGUUUCCAAACGGAACAGUAAAAAGCUUCGGAUUAUACAAACUCAUAUUCUCUGACUACAAAUCGUGCGAUAUACUAAGGGUGAUGUCAAGAUAUCCCGCCUGUGAGCUGUACCUGCACAGCCAUUUUCUCGAAAAAGGAGUGCCUCCGAAAUGUAUGAGCAUCUACAAGUACGCCUGCGGGAAACAAGACAACUACCAUUAUCCUGUGUAUAACCCUGAUUGUAAAACAAAACAGCGUCCAACUUAG